AUGGAGAUCGGAGCCGCGCAAGAAGCGGGCCUGCGCAUCGACGAGCACUUCGACCGCAUCCGCGCCAACCUCAUCCGCUGCGAGGAGUGCAGCGAGAACUUCUUCUUCGACUUCCUUCGCCACCCGCGCUAUUUCGUCACGCACUUCAAGACCUGCCACCUCAAGAACGUGCUGUACCGCUUCAACGGCUGCUCUGAGGAGGAGAACCAACGCGUGCGCUUCGGUCCACGACGCAAGAAAGAUGCCACAGCCUGGUUCGGCCAGCUCAAGUCCACUGAGAAGCGAAUGAUCUCCAUGCAAGACAACAAAUGGGGCGAAAUCGCCGAACGCGAGUGCUGGUCUUGCCGUCUAUGCAAAGGUUCCCGGAAGGCCAGCGACCUGCCUCACGCCUUCGAGCCGAACGAACUGGGUCGUCGGCAAGCUCUUCUGCACCUCCGGCAGUACCACGAAGCAGCCUACAACGCCUUUCUGAGGAUGUUGCCAGCGGUGGACAGUUCUCGCGGUCGCCCUCGAGCGUCGGUGAACGCUUCGAGUCAAGCGCAGAGGCUGCAGCCCUCCAUCCCGUCUCACGAAGCGGAGCGAAGUCGAAUUCGUCGGAAGCGAGCGUCACCCGAAGCGAGGAAGGCGGAGGCGGAGCGCAGCAGACGUCGGCGAGCGCAACUUACGCCGGCGCAACGGCAGGUGGAUGCAGAGCGACGGGCGCGUAAGAAACAGAGGAUCGAGGAGCGGGCGCGAAGUCGCGCACGCCGUGCCGAUGCGUCUCCUGAGACGAAGGAACGAGAGAUGCAGCGCUCGCGUGAACGGCGACAAAAUGCGACGGAGCAGCAGCGACGACGAGAGGCCCAGCGCAGUCGCAUGCGACGGCAGAACGCAUCGGAAGAGCAGCGGAUUCGAGAGCGGGAGCGCUGUCGACGUCGCUACGAGCUCAAGAAGCAGCAGAUGUUGCAGACUCAGCAGACUGGAGAUACUGUUGUCUCGGAGCUACAGCAGCAGCAAGCGGGGGUUCGGAUGCAGCUGCAGUCGCUCUACGAUUCAUUGGCGUCGAAUCCCCACGUGGAGCUGUAA